CCGCCUAGCUGCCUAGCCGCCUAGCGCGCGCCCUCGUCGGCCGCCACUCCGGCGCCGGCGCCCAAGCUCUCCGCCGCCGGGUGGCACUCUGGUCCCUCCCCCCUCCUCCCCCACCCUCGCUUUCAUGGCGUCGGGUUCUCGCAGUCCGCCUCCGUCUCCUCUGCUUUCCUUCGCGAGAGACCGGUGGUGUCGGGGAUCGGCCUCUCAGGCUCGCCGGGGUCGGCGCACUCCUCUUUCGCCGGAGUGGCCCAGCCUGAGGUGGCGGCACCAGCACCGGAGGCGUGGCGCAGGACGGGGCCUACCCGCAAGGUGCUCUGGAGGCAUCGUCGGGCGCUGCGGCGCCAGCAGGAGGCCGGCGGUCUUCGAAGCCGGGCGUCCUCGUCUUCCUCCGAACGAAGCCUGAUUCCGCCAGAUCUGUAUGGGCCCUGCUUUCGGUGCUUCCAGGAGGGUCACCGGCGGGAGGACUGCACCAACGAGCCUGUCUGCAUCCGCUGUGGCUUCUCGGGUCAUGUGUCCUCCCAGUGCACGGUGCCGCGCAGACCAAUCUCGGCGGUGGAGUUGCGCCGGGCGGUCAUUGACAGGGUUUCGAAGGCACAUCGGACUGAGUCAGUGCCGGUGCUUGCCCCGAAGGUGGGGAGGAGUCUGAUGGAGCCUAGGAAGGAUGCGCCUUGGGCGUCGCCCUCGCCAGUUGCGCCCGGUCUCCCUCCCACCAUGUCUGUCGGCCUGCCCUAGCAAGCGAGUGCAGAGAUCUGCAUUCUGCCGUGCUCAAGGGGGAUGGAUGAUCUGGAGCGCCGCCUGCAGCUUGCGGUGGUGAUGUAUGUGGGCGGGGCCAGACUGAGGGUCUCAUGUGUGGAUGCGGCGAUUGCCAUUUCUAAGCAGCUCGACAUCCCAAGGCACCAUUUUUCGGUGCACAAAUUCCACCCGGAAGAUUUUUUGGUGGUAUUUGCAUCGCACGAGGUCCGCAACAAAGCGCUGGGGGUGCCGUUCGUCGAGCACCAGGGUUUCAAGUUGUUCGUCAAGCCUUGGCUACGGCAAGCGCAAGCCAAAUCCAAGCUCAUGCGUGUUCAGGUGGAUCUGAUGAUUGAAGGUGUGCCUUCCCAUGCUUGGUCGAGAGAGACGGCGACGGAGCUGUUGGGCAGUUCGUGUCUGAUUGAAAGCUUGGCACCAGAGACUGCUAACAGAGAGGAUCUCUCCCUCUUCAAGUUGCAUGCUUGGUGCAUCGACUCGGAUGAGGUUCCUGCUCGCCGCAUGUUGUGGGUUCCGGAGCCGUCCGAGACCGUGGUGAACCCUGCGGCGCUUCUCCCCUCUUUCCGUCAGUUGCUGGAGUAUCCUACGCUCAUUCACAUCGGACGGGUGCGUGAUCAUACACCACCGGAACGCUGGCGACGAUCGCCGAGCUCGGAUGGUGGUAGCGGACAGAGUGGUCUGCUUGACAGUUCUAAUGGGAGCGUUCAGGGUGAGUGGUCAGUGCUUCCCUGGACUCGAGGGGUUUGUGAUGCCCGUGGGGUUGGCCGGAGCACGCCAAACUUCGCCGGCGGUGCUGGACAGGGUCGCUCGUACCGGCAGGUGCUAGAAGGUAGGGUGGGCCCUUCAGAUUGGAGGAUCCCGCCCAUGGGGCCAGGUGUGACGGCGACUGCGGCGCUGGGGGCCACGGGCCUGGUCCACAGGCAGUCUACCCUGGCUGGGGCGCGUUCAAACCAAUGGGUGGUUGAGAAUCCGUGGGAGGGUGAUUUGGUGACAGCUAGCGAGCUGGUCACUCUAGUGCAGAGUGACAGGGGCGCAGAGGAUAGAGAGAUUCCUGACAAAGUGGCGACGAUCAGCAGACAUACCACCCUUCCCUCGGGGGUGGAGCAGAUCCUGCCAAUCGAAAACAGGCAUGUCUCUCUCCCACCUGUGGUGGAGCUACUACAGCCAAUGGAGCAGUCUGGGACAGCUGGGAUUGUGGCCAAUGAUGAUGUGAGGAUCCUGGCUUCUCCUGUCGCGGAACGAGUCCAACAAAUCGAGCUGCAGGGGACAGCUUCUCCGCAGACAGAAGAUGAUAGGGAUCAGGUUUCCACUGUGGAGUUGGGCCCUAUGGGGACGGACCCAGGUGAGGUGGUGGGGGAGGUUGCGCAUGUGGGUCAGCCUUCCCAGCCGCGCUUCCCGAGAGAGCCGGGACCAGGUCAGGGCAGAUGCCUCGCUGAGGGCUGGGCCCCUGUGGAGGAGUUGUUGGCGCCCAAUGAUUCUGUGUAGCUGGUUGAUUCUGCGGCCUUGGAUAUUGUGCUGGUGGAGCCUGCAGUGGGACCGGUUGGUGAUAUGACCACGUUGCAUGCAUUGGUGGUGCAUGCAGAGGGACCGACUGGUGAUAUGGCUACGUUACAUGAUAUGGAUGCACCUGCCAGGUCGGACCGGAGUCCGGUGGAGACGCGCCUGUCAUCGAAGGAACAAGUGACGCUUGGCAACAUUAAGUCCUGCUGUGCUGGGUUGCUUAAGAAAUUGGCGCCCCCCUUGCUAAAAGAAAUUGAGGUGGUUAAUGGAGUUCGUCCGGGUCAAGACCCCUUCACGCCGCGUCGCAAUACUAGAUCGAUCAGCUCAUGCUCCAGCAACUCCAAGGCAUCGGCGGCUGAGACAGUUCUGCUCAAGGCCUUGGGCAUUGUGCCCGAUGAGUUGGCGAUCUCAGAGGAUGCGCUUGUCCAACUUCGAGAUAUGUUUGACUCGCCCCUACAAGAUAGACACUUGCGCACCAUCGCAGCGAUCUUCGGCAAGUCGCUACCCAUGGACCUGGGAGUGGAGAACCAAGCGGCCGUAGCACAUUAGCUACUGCUGGCAAGGGUGGAGUUCACGACAUUUUCCAAUGUCGUGCGUAAAGAUGGAGUUGGUUAGCUGGAAUGUUCGUGGUCUGAAUAGUCCGGCUAGGAGAAAGGCUUUGAGAGAGAUGAUCGAUUCUACUAGGGCUACCAUUUGGUGUGUACAAGAAUCAAAACUAGAUGUUGUAGACCAAUUUAUCAUUAUGCAAUGCUUUGG